UGAGUGUAGGGAUUUGCGAGCAGACGACUUGGAGUGAUUCUCCCUACCUGAACAGUGGUUCGACCCGUCGGUGUUAGCUAACAGAAUUAUGCAGAAAUGUUUUGCUUUUAGGUCUGGAAUCUGUGGAAUAUUGGUGACGUAUUGGCUGUUGAUUGAAAUAACCUUUUUCACAGAAGGAUGGGGAUCCACAUUUCGUAUCCUUUAGCCCACGAACCCAUCAGAUACAGUGAUGACUCUGACAGCGAUGAAUACAGUGAGGCUGCAGCUCAGCAGAUUCAUGAGAUCAACUUAAAGUAUUGUGAUGAUAUCAUUCAGCAACGCCAGCACUCUUUGAAAGCACAAAAAUUGUUUGAAGAAUGUGAGGCCCGCAAUGAAGGAAGGACUGCAGAGAUACUUAAAAAGUACCCUAUAUGGGAAGUAGAAGACAUUGUUAACUUAAAGCUGCAGUUUCAAUUAUUAGACAGCAACAUGGACUAUCUUUUAGAUUUUGAGGACAUUAAUAAUGCUUUGACUGAAGCUGGAGAUGAGUCAACUGAACAAGAAAGGCGGAUGUAUUUUCAUGAAAGCGAUCAAGAUGGCUUAGGUUUUAUUGACUUUGAGGCAUAUCUCGAGGUAUGGUAA